AGGUGGAGGAUGGCGGGCAGGAUGGCUCUGCGCUCUUCUCCCCUGUUGAGUCUGGUGUGGCUGGCGGUCGCCUUCUCGGAGAGCAGCUGUGGCUCCUUCUCACACUCCUUGAAGUUUACCUCCUUCACCAUUUCGGAGCCCAGUCAGGGGCUGCCUCACUUUGUGAUGCUGGUGGACGUGGAUGAUCAUGUCCUUCUUCACUAUGACCGCGAGACCAGGAAGAUGCAGCCUCGCGUCUCCUGGAUAGAGAAGUUGAAGGAGGAUGACCCGGAAUUCUGGGACGAACUGUUCAAGGAAGCACAUGAGGUUGAGAAGGUGUUCGUAUAUGGCCUGGAGCUUGUGAGGAUUUUCUCCAGUCAUAGCGAAGGCCUUCGUGUGGUGCAGGUCAUCGUAAGCUGUGAUCUCCAGGGAGAUGGGAGCAAAAGAGGGUUUGCACAGACGGCUUAUAAUGGGGAGUCUAUGAUGCCACCAUCCACCAUGGAUAAGUCUGAAAUGGAGGAAUGCAUUGCUUUGCUAGAGAAGUUCCUGUCUUACGGGAAUGAGACGCUGCUGAGGACAGAUCCUCCAGUGGUGACAGUGAUCAGAAGGGUGGAGGCCGAAGAUGAGAAGGAAACACACAUUUGUCGGGUCCAUGGCUUUUAUCCCAGGGUGGUCAAUGCCUCCUGGACGAGGGACGGGGAGGUCUGGCUGCAGGACACCCUCCAUGGAUCUGUGGCCCCCAACAUGGAUGGGACCUACCACUACUGGCUCAGCAUCCAGAUUGAUCCUGAAGAGAGGGGACGCUAUAAAUGCCACGUGGAGCACGACGGCCUGCAGGAACCUCUGGACGUGGCUUUGAAGGGUGAGGAGCAGCAGGGGAACAAUCAGACCAUUUAGCAGCCCCUUCACAGCACGAGUGGACAAUUCCCAUCACGAGGAAAGAGGAGAGAAGAUGGGAUCAAUCUUCUGAAUUAGGCUAGACUCUUAGGAGGAGCCCUUCAGGCCCAUCCUGCAUGGUGGAACAAGGAUAUAUCUGGAGUCUUUUGUCACUGCUUUUAUCAUGGAAUCAGUAACCUUUUUCUAUUAUGAUUGAGGAAUGGAGUAGAACAUUAUGAUUAUUAUGAUUGCAGAACACAGGAGCAGCUCAGUUGGCCUAGAGGUGGAGCUCUCGCCUCACAAUCAGGAGGC